GCGCUUUGAAAUAAACCCCUUUCUGAAGACAGUGUUAAGUCGGUUGCGUGGAAUUGUCUUGUGUAUUAAUUGGAACCAUUUUGGUCCUGACUCGCCUUAGUGAAAAGUUGUAAGCUUACUCUUUCCUUACUCCUUUCAACCAAACCUACAACUACAAGCCUUAAACAUGGACGUCGACCUAGAUGAACUCGAUCCCGCCGAGUUGGCCGAGUACAAGAAGAAGCAGAAGAAGAGGGAGGAAGCAGAGGCGGAGCAGGAGAAGCUUCUGGAGGACAUCAAAGAGAGGGAGGCGGAGCGAGAGCGGGAGGAGGAGCGAGACAACGAGCUCAAGAAGGCUAGACUGCAGAGAAUCAAGGACCGCGAGGUCAGGGAAAUCAAGCGAGCUGAACAAGAAGCCAUCAGGUUGAAGAAGAAGGAGGAAGAAUGGGCGAGGAAGAGGGAGUUUGAGGAGGCGAGGAAGAGAGAGAGGGAGGAGAAGUUGAAGCAGCUGCAGGCGGACAGAGAGGACAAGCAGAAGCAGUCAGUCUCCACCGGCGUCAAUGCACUCGACAUCGUCAAGCAAAAUUUGGAGAUCGCGGCUGCCAAGAAACAGCAGACGGAGGAAGAGAAGACUGCUCAGCGGGAGAAUGCCGUCAGAAGGCGAUGCCAGGAGUACGACGAGAGAUUCGACCGAAUGAGGGAGAGCGAGUUGGUGGCGAAGGCGACUGAGUUGCGAGACAGAUGGGAGCAUUUGGAGGGAGAGAAGUACGACAUCGAGAUGAUCUUCAAGAAACAGGACUAUGACAUCCGUGAGUUGCUGGUGCGAAUCAACGAGAUCACGAGGCGAAGGCGGAAGACGAUCCACCUCGGAGGCUCCAGAAGAAUGCAGGCAGAUGAGGAAGAGAAGUCGUACCUGGGCGUGAAAGGAAUGGUAGACAAAUACGUGAACAUUGUCGCAGAGAAGAACAAGGCACCUAAGAAGAAGGAAAAGGACCUGCCCAAAAAGCAAAUCAGUGAAAGUGAGGAUGCGCCACCGGAACCUGAACCCGAACCAGAGCCGGUAGCGGCCGAAGACGAGUGAACUGGACCUCCACUGAGUUCACAGUCCUUUUCAGACUGGAGAAACUCGUGAACACAUAAUGAAACAAUAUACUUUCAUAUUUUAUUAGCUCAAACUUACGCUCCAUCUUUGAUUUUAUCGUCAUAAUCUGGCCUAAUUUAACAAA